CAUUCGCAUAAAGCGUCGCUCUUCAGCCGUCGCAGCCGGCACACAUAGCUCGUACAAGUGGUCUGGUGGCAUUUUUCACAAGCCUUUGUACCAUAGAUACCACGCCUAGCGCGCACGGCCCGUGCUCUCGCGUUCAGAGCACGUCAACCUGGGAGAGCGAGUCAGGCCCUCAACACCGACUGCAACACCGACGCUGUCGCCGCAGCCUUAGUAAACUAUGUCCGCGCUCGACGCCAGCACCCCCGACGCCACCGCCGAAAAGACACCCAUCGUCGUCACGGGAGUGGCGGGCUUCAUCGGCUCGCACUGCGCCGAGCGCUUACUCGAGAGAGGAGAAACGGUCAUCGGCAUCGAUGAAGUUAAUGAUUACUACGACGUCAAGGUCAAGGAGCAGAAUGUCGCUCUCCUACGGAAGAAAGGCUCUAGCAAGUUCGCCUUCUACCGCGGCGACAUCUGCGACAAAAAACUAUUGGAAACGAUCUGGGCGACGCACGGCAAGCCCCGGAGGGUCGUCCACAUGGCCGCGCGGGCGGGCGUGCGGCCUUCGAUCGAUGAUCCCUUCGUGUAUGUCCAUUCGAAUGUCGAAGGGACGACUAGGUUACUGGAAAUCGCGGCCAAAUACGGGAGUGACUCCUUCGUGUUUGCUUCAUCCAGCAGUGUCUAUGGUGGCUCGACAGCAACGACCUUCUCGGAGGCUGAUGCUGUUGAUCAUCCCGUCUCCCCGUACGCGGCGACGAAGAAGGCUUGUGAGUUACUCGCCUAUACGUACCACCACUUGUACAACUUGCACAUUGCGGCUUUGCGGUUCUUCACGGUGUUCGGGCCGCGCGGCCGGCCGGACAUGGCCCCUCUGAAAUUUGUCGAUAAAAUCUCGAGAGGCGUACCCAUCCAGCAGUUCGGCGACGGUACCUCUUCGAGGGACUAUACCUAUGUCGACGACGUGGUGCAGGGCAUCAUCCUAGCCCUAGAUACUCCUGCUGGUUAUCAGGUCUACAACCUCGGGAACGGCUCUCCCACGAAGCUCACGGAUUUUAUAUCGUUAGUAGAAAAGGAAACAGGAAAGAAGGCUUCGAUCGAGUUACUCCCGGAGCAGCCCGGCGACGUCCCCAGGACCUGCGCGGACAUCUCGAAAGCCAGAAAGAUGCUGGGGUAUGACCCGAAGACGCCGUUCGCCGACGGGAUCCGGAAGCUCGUGGAAUGGUACCGAGAAGCGCAUCCGCACGUCGGCGAGACGCCGGAGUGCAUCGCGCGGGCGGCGAUGGAGCGACGGUUGAUGGCGGCGGCGCGUCGCAAAGAUAGAGAACAGAUGCUCGAUCCGGAAUUGCUUACGCUGUUCCGGGCUGCCCGUCAAAGCAGAGGGAACGGGCGCGAUCGAGCCCAUACGGUCGGUCGGUCGAAUCCUUCUACCUUGCGGCCGAGGAUCACGUCCAGAUCUUUUGAUGACCUUUGUUUGCUGGAGCGGUCGGCUUCGGAACGGCCGCCUUCACCCGUAGGCGAAGCGCGAGCCGGCAAAUUGCAGAGGGAUGUGUUACAGGGCUUUGUGGAAACGGUUCGAGAAAAGCCGACGCACCCCUCGAUCCCUACGCUAGCCAUGGUCCGCGCGUCUCGAAGUUCGGCCCUCUCGCUGCGGUCGCCGAAGAUGGCCGACGUCUUCGCGCCGACGCCGCCCACGAACCCGACGUCGUUCAAGCACGGUCCGGCGCCGUGAUCCCAUCCCCGCGCGCGAGCGCGCCCCCACCGAGUAUAGAUGUGGUU